UCACCUAUUGCGUAAGGCCUUCGCGAAUGUUACAGCUCGAUUCAUGGCCACCGACUAGUAAAACCUUAAUAACUCACCCGCCGGAUUCGUCCUCUCUAUCCGUUAGCAACCGACACGACCGUAUAUUGUAGCUCAUGGGCCUUCUUCUACCCGUGCCCUCUGCUCCGGCGACAUGACGCCUCUAAAUGCCUUCAGCACCGCCCCGAGUCGUCCCAUGCCGAUAUCUAUGAUACCGGAAUCCUCCUCUCCUCCAGAGAUCCUCCGGUUAUCGAACCGGAACCCGGACGAGAAUUACCAGCCGCCUGCCUGCUCGAUUGAGCAGUCUUAUCGUCCUUGGGAUGGAGAGCCUCUCUCUAUCAACACCAAUCGCGUGUUGCGAGACACGUCCGCUAUGUCGCCCAUGCCGCCCAUGCCGCCCAUGCCGCCCAUAUCGUCCAUGAGGGAAAGGCGAUCCGCUCCCGCUAGCCCUCUAAGAUUAACAAUGCCUUUUAUUUCCCCUGCCCAGCUCGCAUUCUCCGCAAUGCAGUUCCUACCCGUCCCUGUGCUGGUUUUAAACAACCUGAAGACCGUCGUCCUGGCAAACGAAGCUAUGGGAAAGAUGUUAGGUAUGGUACCGGACUCGCUUCUGCCAAUGGACGACCCGGCCGUAAUUUGCGAGUCCCUCCGGGGACAGACCCUCUCGCAGAUCGGUAUCGAUAUGGUGCAGGACGGUAGACCGGUUUGGGUUUCGUGGGAGUACUUCCUAGAUGAAUUAGUGCUCGAGAUGGGCGCGAAGCACGCGAAGGAAAGCUCGAUGUCGCAAGCCAAUGAUAUCAAUUGCAACGGCGAGACUAACGGUGAGGCUACGAGUACGGCAGAGGGUGCAAAAGUAGAAUCACCCGGUGGCCUCCUGAGCAAGCCAGCAACGGAUUCUGCCGUUGACGUUGUCGUGCUGCCUAAGAUUGUGAAUCAAUCUGAAAUGCCCAGAUCAAAACGAGCCGAGCUUCAGAUAUACGCCAAGAUGAUAAUUACAAUAUGGGAGAUUGAAAAUAAUCAGACCUACUAUACUCUAACAUUUACCAAUAACGGCUUAGGACCCUCGUCGUUCCCGAGUAGGCGGGUCCGUAUCGCCCGACCUUCUACGCUCGAGGCUGCGGAGCGUAAAUCUAUCCUGAAUUCUAACCCCCCUUCCCUCGGCUCGGGUCAUUCUUCUAGUUCCCCUUCUUUCACAAAUAGUCCCGGCUCCGUCUCGGUCUCGGCAAGCCUGUUCCCGCCCAUGGGUCCCCCGUCCCGACUGCCUCAGUCUAGCACCCCAUCGUUCCUACAAAAGAUGACUAUCAUCAAGGAUGCUCUUCUUGAUAAGACCGAGACGCCUAUAUUUUCCAUGUGGGUCGAUGGUAGUGUCCCAGUCAUGAAUAGAGCGGCUCGAGACCUCUUCACGACUAUGAAGGGUGAGGAGUGCACCGACGGAUACGACCUGCUUGCCCGAUGGGAGCUUUGGGACGGCGACUUUACGAGAAAGUACGAGCAGUCUGAAUCUCCCAUUUCCGUACUUCUUCGGGAUCGAAAGCCAUUCUCUUCCUGGAGAAUUGGUAUGGAAAGCAAAACUAAGGAAACCAGAAUUGUAUACGACGCGCUGGGAGAGCUGAUCACCAGUGACGAGACCGGGGAAGUUAUCGCGGGUAUUGUCACCUUCCGAGACGUAACUCGCCUGACUCAAGAGAUCGCGGAUAUUAAAAUCGCUGACGAGGAGAGAUUCAAACUGAUCUGCGACACCAUGCCUCAGAUGGUUUGGACGACCAAACCUAAUGGGGUGUAUGAUUUCUUUAACAGCCGCUGGUACGAUUAUACUGGCUUGUCGGUGGAAGAGUCCUUGGGCCACGGUUGGAAGAGUCCGUUCCAUCCCGAUGAUAUGCCCAUGACAUCCAAACGCUGGGAGCGUAGCCUAGCUACGGGAGAAGCCUUUACUACCGAAUAUCGAUGUCGCAGCAAGGACGGCGAAUGGAGGUGGAUGCUAGGACGUGCAUUACCGCUAAGAAAUAAGCGCACGGGGCGGAUCGAGAAGUGGUUCGGAACCUCUACGGAUGUCCACGAGGCCCUGGAGGCAAAGAUGGCUGCGAAACAAACUAGGGCGCAGCUUCUCAGCGUCCUUACGCAUGCGCAGACUACAAUAUUCGCUGUAGAUCGAGAUCUCAAGCUCACUAUGUUAGAAGGCGCAGUGACUUGGCUCUCAGGGAAGCUCGAUUCGACGAGCAAUGAUACCGAGAGGCCUGAUCUGCCGACAUUCGUUGGAAAAGGCAUAGAGGAAGUGUUUACGGGGCUAAACCCGAAGUCGCUUCCUAGCGAAGUUUCUGCAUUCCUCGAACCCGUGAAACGUAUAUUGGCUGGCCAGCAGACGACAGAAACUGUUCACGAGCACAGAUUGGACGGUUGCUUCUAUCGUACUCGGUUUCUGCCCCACAUCGAGAAAUCCUCGCAGGAUGGUGUGACUAGCAAAACGGAUAUCAAGGGCGCUAUUGGCGUUAUUAUGGACGUUACCGAACUGAAAAAGCGAGAGCAGGAUCUAGAAGAGCAGGUCAAAGAGAAGAGGCAGCUUAAAGCCAACGAAGCGGCAGCUAAAGAAGCAAGCCGUCUAAAGAGCCAAUUCUUAGCAAACAUGUCCCACGAAAUCCGAACACCAAUUACCGGCGUGAUAGGAAUGGCUGAGCUUCUUCUCGACUCGCCUUUGGACGAGGAACAGCGGGAGUACGCGGAGAACCUGGGUCGGUCUGCGAAUGCCUUACUAACCGUCAUCAACGACAUUCUGGACUUCUCCAAGGUUGAGUCUGGUCGUCUUGAUAUCGAAGAGGUUCAAUUCUCUCUUUCAGUGAUAGUGCAAGAUGUCUCCAAGAUGCUGAGCUUCGCGGCUGGGAGGAAGAGCUUGGACUUCCGCUCUGAUAUAUCAAGCGAUAUCGAAAAUGACCUCGUGGUUCUUGGUGACCCCGGACGCGUUCGGCAGAUUAUUACGAAUUUACUCACUAAUAGCAUCAAGUUCACCAACGGCGGCUACGUUAAAUUCUCGGUAUGGAAGGAAAAGGAAUCAAAUGAUACGAUCGAGAUAAAAUUCGUGAUCGAGGAUACCGGUAUCGGAAUUGAGGAAGAUGUUCUCAAGCGCUUAUUCCAACCAUUUAGCCAAGGUGAUCCCUCCACGGCUAGGAAGUUUGGAGGGACAGGGCUAGGAUUGACGAUCUCGAAGAACCUGGUCGAUCUAAUGCGUGGAAGGAUUACACUGGAAUCAACUGUAGGCAACGGCACGACGGCGACUUUUUGGAUACCUUUCAACAAACCGCAGACUCCCGAGAGAGACGCGCUCGUCGAUAUUGGUCGGCUACCUGAGCGACUACAGUCCGAGAUGAGCGUCUCGUGUAAUAGUUCGGAACACGAGUUUUUCUUGGGAUCACCACAACCGGAUUUAUUGCAGGGCACGUUGGAUAAACCCAGGCGACAUCGAAAGAGACCUACCAAUUUGAUGGCACCGUUCGCGUUUGAAAGUGACGACCUUCCCAGGGGCGAACGCGCCAAGGUGCAAGUACUUGUCGUCGAGGAUAACGCGGUUAAUCAACAGAUCGCAACCAAGACCAUCAAGAAGCUCGGUUUCAGCGUUUGUGCGGCCUGGAACGGUAAGGAGGCGCUAGAUCAUCUCGAGGCUUGCAGGGAGGGAAGACGCCCCAAGCCAGACAUAAUUUUGAUGGACGUGCAGAUGCCCGUAAUCGACGGAUAUAAAUGUACGCACAUACUGCGACAUCACGUACCAUACAAGAGCUACACCAACGAUGUGCCCAUCGUGGCCAUGACGGCUUCGGCAAUACAAGGAGAUAGGGAGAAGUGUACAAAGGCUGGUAUGGAUGACUACCUUUCGAAACCAGUUAAAAGCAAUAUACUGGAAAGGAUGCUGGUUAGGUGGAGUAAAUCAGGUCGAAAGGUAGAGUCGACGCAAUCUUCCUCCGCCGACCCGUCCGCUUCGGACUGUUCGGAAUCAGCAGGCCACUGUAUCAGCGCCGACAUACCUACUCUGGCUACUUACGGCUUCUCUGAUUAUAAUCCUCAAACACCGGAGGAGCUUCCAGGAGAAAGCGAUCAGGACGCCACCGGGGAAGACGAUCGUACGAAUCUACUUACACCAAGACCGAUUAACGCACGGGUGGGCUCACACGAAGUGAACACGUUCCCUUUUGGAAUCUCUAAGCCAUCUAGGCAACUGGACAGCGACGAGCUGGCUAUGCAGCUGCGAGAUGAUAAGCUCAUCGACGCCGCGGAUGGUAGCAACGGCAAGAAUACUACUGGAGCUCCGCCCAUUGCCCACUCAUUCCCCGAGGGCGAUUCUUUGACGGAAGAGAACGUGCAAAAACUCGAACAGGUGGGCGCGAGGGGUUCACCUGUUAGGGAGAUAUACGAUAUUGAAAAGACGUCAAAACCGCAAUGAAAUAAGCAGGUCAACUUUGCUACAUUUCCACUCACACACACGAUAAGAGCUAGGGUUUUUUUGGUGAUUUUGCCGGGGAGCUCAUCGAUAUACGACUCUGGGUACUCCCCGGUAUCCUUUCUACAGCCGGCGUUGAAUGAGGAACGGAAUCGGACUUGAUAAAGCUAGGAAUCGGAGUCGGCACGGGGCGGCAAUGACACAUUUCGCUUCGGAGGAAUAUAUACUCCCACCGGCUUGGACAGGCGUUAGCGGAUACGGACAGAUCCUACGGUAGGUAAAAUAGGGGCUUGCAUGAUGGUUGCUUCAACGGGCUUUUAUGCAUUUGGGGGGUGGUUGAACAUGGAGCUUAAUGUCUACAUGUACCUAGCUAGGACAUUGUUAGAGGUGCCCGUGCUGUUCGCACUAGUAUUUGCAUAUUAAA